AUGAAGUCUUUUCUCCCAGAGCCGAAAUCCCUAGACGUGGCGUGGCAUGUCUUCAAUCACAGCGAACCCCAUGACCAGUCCGUAUUCGCACAAUGCUCCCGCACUUGGCAUUCGUUCUUCAACCCCAAGCUUUACCGAAACGAUGUGAAAACGGGAAAAUACUCCGCCGUUUUCAACACCAUUGCCAACUGUAGAGAUACACGGGUGGCCCUAGCCACGCUCCGGCAUACCUUCCGAGCCGGCGCUGACUACAACAGGCCGGCCACCAUGUACAUGACCGAGAGCCAUCGAUACAGCCCGUUCCUCGUUACGGCCCUAUAUCUGGCGGCUUCCAAAGGCUAUGCUGACAUUGUGUCGUUUCUCCUUGACCACGGUGCCGACAUCGAUGGGGUCCCGGACUGCCGGCUACGUACUCCCGUCUUUCUAUCUCUUCUCAGCGGGGACGCCAAGACGUCCAUGAUUCUCCUUCGGCGCGGCGCACGGCUUGAGUCUUCCGAGUUUGGAAUUAACGCCCUCCACCAAGCCGCCGCCGCCGGGCUCACCGAAGUGAUCACGUACCUUGUCGACGAGAAAGGGAUGGAAGUGAACGAGGCCGACAACAACGGGGACACGCCGCUGAUUCACUCCCUGUUGUCUCCGUCGCCAGAAACGGUCAUCGGUCAGCUGGCACAGUUCGGCGUCGACGUAAACCAGCCUACGACGAUCGACACAUGGCGCAUGACGGCCCUCAGCAUGGCGUGCGAGGACGGCAUGUUCUCCGCCGCCCUGGCACUGUUGAAGGCUGGAGCAGACGCCACGGGCGAGCUGGACGGCUUGGUCGAGGGGGCCGACCCGGCGCUUCCGGUUUGCAUAUCGGCACGCUGCAACUGGACAGGGCCCCUCUUGCUGAAGCUGGCUCGAGAGCGGCGCCGUUGGGAGGCCGAGAUGCUGCUUUCUUCGGGCUUCGUAGACAUCGACAAGCGCGACUCGCACGGUUCGACGAGUCUCGACUGGGCACUUUCCACAUGUCACGGCAACCCCGUGAUGGCGUCGAUCUUGCUGCGGCGUGGUGCCAAGAUAGACGAUGCCGUGUUGUGCGACAUUAUCGACAAGCUGGCGCGUCUUGCGGACGCACAAGACCACUGGAGUGUGAUCAGCCUGUUGACGCGAGAGCCUAAGCUGUUGAAGAUAUUCCACGUGUUGUAUUCGCACUGUUUCUGGGCAGCGUCUCGGAGUGGCGACGUUGCCGCAUCACGGUUUUUGCAAGAGUCGCCGGGCGUGAUUGUGCGUCUCGUCACGGAGAUGCUGAAGGAUGGUGUGAGUCUGACGAAGACGGGCGUCUUGAACAUGCUGCGAAAUGCGAAGGAGAGUAGGCCAGGUCCGGUCAUCGCAGGGGUUUUCCGAUCAGAAAGAAAGAGCGCCAUGCGGAGGUGGUGUUAG